GCUGAUGCUAUGUCUCAGAGCCCCAUGCCAUGGGUGCGAAGCGAGAGAUGACAUGGGCACGCUGAUGGGUACGGGCGUGGGGUGCGUGUCCGUGUGUGUUUAGAGAGUAAGUGCGGGGUGGUCCCCACACAAAGGAUGAGGUAUUGGUAACUGCACUGCCGGCUAUGGUCCUUGGUCCUUGGGGUUCUUAUCUCAUCUCAUGCGGAUUCCUCUUCCCCCUGAUCUCGAGUGCGCUAGCUGUGCGCAUGAACUCGUGUAUAAAUAUCUCCCAGAUGACCUACACACCCACCCGCCCAUCUCCCCUUGCCACAGUUUGCUAGCUAGGCAGCAAGGAAUCAUGAAACGUACCACUGGUUCCCAUGUGCUGCUUCCCCUCCUCUUCCUCCUCGUCAUUAUCCUCUCCGUCCAUACAACAAGAGCUUCUCGUCUCCUCCAACAGCCAGAACCUGGACGACAAGAUGUGAGGGUUGAUGAUCUUCCACUACCGGGUCAUGCAGCAGAGAUGGAGGAAAAAUAUUCUUGGGAGUUGAUGGGACUGCACGAGUGUAAGGAAGAAGAUGAGGAAUGCUUGAAGAGGAGGAUGAUCUCUGAGGCCCAUUUGGACUACAUCUACACGCAGCGCCAUAAGACAUAUAAAAAGAGGGACACCUCACCUUGAGCAAACACGCUGUUCUCAUGGGUAUCUACUAUGUGUGAAAUAUUGCUCACCAAACCGAGUGAUGUGAUAAGCUGGAGUAGGCUUAUAAUAGUAUGGAGUGUGCUAUGUGGUCAUGUUACCAAGUAAUGUAAGCGGGCAUGAUGUGAAACGAAACUACCUCAACAUGCAACUACUAUUUUCUUUUUGUCCA